ACCCUGAGCCCCGAAGCGGCGGCGGCGGCGGCCGCCAUGCGGAAGUCGUGCCGGGUUCAACGCUGCUGCAGCGCCGCCGGGCAGCCCCGGGGCUCCGAGCGCCGCUUCAGCUUCUCCGAGUGGGUGUUCGGGGGUGGGGGGGUUGCGUGCUGCUCUGCGUUGGCCCCGUGGGGCCGCUGCGGUGCUCAGGGCCUCUGCUCGGCGGCGGGAGAUGCCCUGUGCCCCCCCACCCAGGACCCCCUUUUCCUCCUUACUGAAGCCCCACGUCUACCCCUGGAGUCAUGCAGAAGGAUCUGGAUAUGUCCUGGAGGGAUUUGGGGGAGGCCAGGGAGCCCUGGACUCAUCCAGAAGAGUCUGGAGAUGUCCCAGAGGAGUCUUGGGGCAUUCAGGGAGUCCUCAUGUGGGUCUGGAGGGUUCUGGAUUCCUCAGACGGGUCUGGAGAUGCCCCGGAGGUGUUUUGGGGAGACCAGGGGGUCCUGGAGUCCUCCAGGAGUCUCAAAAACUGACAGUUCCCACCGAAAAAGCCCCCUAUGGCCACCAGGUGAUGUGGGGAAAACCGCAGGUGACACCGGGACAACUGCCUGCCCCCACAUUUGUCCCUGUCACCGUGGAACCUGGCGCCAUCCCAACCCUCAUCUAUGCUGAGAGCUCCGUCAGCAUCCUAAAGUUCCGGGAGCCGGGUGACGCCGUCUCCCUGACUUCCCCGGUGUCCCCAGCCGUUCUCCCUGCUGCGGUGGUGCAACUGGAGGGCUGUGACAUCCUCAUCAAAGAGGCCUGCCUCCAGCCGGACCUGGUAACACUGGAGCUCUCUGGCGCUGUCACCAUUAUGUGCCACAAGGAUGGGGACGUGGUGGUGUACUCUGCUGCCACCAGAGGGGACCGUGUGUGACAUCAGCGUGGAACAGCUGUCAUCGCUGCUGGGUGUUGCUUUUGUCAACAUGCAUGGGGUGUCACUGCUGGGGACACCUCUGUGUCACCCCUUCCAUGUCACACCCCAAAGUUGGAGGCACCCCUCUGCAGAUCCCCCGGUGUCCGUCCUUCUGACCGCAUUGUUCCCAUGCGGGGGUGGGUGGAGUUGAGGGGGGCACACACUUUAUUUUUGUAAAUAAGAUUUAUUUUGUGAUAAGGUGGACUGGGAGACGCCGCCCCCCCAGACCUCUGCAUGAAUAAAAGGCAGAGGAGCGGCUGUGGGGCUCUGCAUGUCACACCGGGGGGCACUCUGGGGACAGGUGACUGCAGCAUCCCAGCCCCAUAGCCCCUAUGACCCCAUCACCACUACAGUC